AUGUCUAACGAUGAAUAUAUAUAUGAGAUCAUUAAAAAUGAAGACGAUGCACGUUAUUGUGCUCAACUUAUUGCUGAAGAAUUUUCUGCACAUAAUCCUAUUACAUAUUUUGAUCGUAUAACAUCAACAUGUUUUUUCAAUGAAUGUUCUUGGCCAUUAUUAAAAAAUGUAUUAGACGAACAUCUUUCUCUUCUUGUUCGAGAUCGUUCUACAAAUGAAAUUAUUGCAACUACUUUUGCCGGUGAUUUAUAUUUACAACAUGAAAAAAAACAUUUAUCAGAUACUUCACAUACAAUUGCUAUCGAUGGUUUACUUGAUGAAAUGGAUGAAUUAUUUAUAAAACAAGAUUUUGGACAAGAAUUAAAACCAAAUAUGGUUUUACAUGUAACUUUAUGUGCAGUUCAUUCGCGAUAUGCAGGCAAAGGUAUAAUUACUCAAAUGUGUAGAAGAAUUUGUGACUAUGCAUCGAAAGAAAAAGGUUUUCAAUAUAUUCUUGUUCAAGUAACUAGUCAAGCAACACGACAUAUUUGGGUAAAUAAAUUAGGAGGAAAAGAAGUAACAAUUAUUGAUCCAACAACAUGGAUAUGGAAGAAAAAAGGUGAUGAAGUAUUAUAUCCAUAUAAAGAUUAUGAAGGUGGUUUAAUACCAAAUAUUCUCGUUAAAUUAUAA